AUGACCGACGCAGAAUACCCUUACGACACGAGGUUGGUGAGCGAGUUGCUCCGGGACAAGCGUCGGACCCGCACCAUCCGCUCCUGCUUCCCCUGCCGCCACCGCAAGGUCCGGUGCAGCGGCCAGGUGCCCUGCAGCAGCUGCGUCAAGCGCAAUCACCCGGAGCUCUGUCGCAUGCCGACAGCUUCUACACGUGUUCUCCCAGCCGACAGAGAAUCAGAUGCUCAGAACAUUCCGAGGCCCCCCGAACCCGAGCCGGGAGCUGUACCUGCCGCGUGGAAUCCAGCUGCAGCCAUUGCGCGGCUAGAGGCCGUCGAGCGGCAGAUUGGUGAGUUGAAAGAAGAGUUUCGGCGCAUGGCACCAGCGUCCGAGUCUCAUCCAGCCUCACCCUCACUGCCGGUGUCUGAGAGUUCAGGCCCGGUGGAAUCGGAAAGCCGACAAAAAGCUCCAGGACAGCAGGUCGUCGAGGAAGCAACGGGCGCCACGAUCUUCCUGGGGCGCCAUGCCGACUUUCCCAGCGUGCUGGGGUGCCGGGAGCCGCAGCUGGCGCAGGAACAGCUGCUGCAAGAUGCGAUGAUGGAUGACGGGGGGGUGCCCCGCGCGUAUCCGUUCACGGGGCUCUGGGGCCCGCAGGCAACCAGCCGAGAGGUCUGCGAGACGUUGCCGGAUGAUGAGGAUAUCCUUCGAUACUGGCAAGCGUACCAGACCACCGCAUACCCGUUUUACCCGGUUCUGGCGUCGAUCGACGAAUUCGGAACGGCGUUGAUGGACUUUCUGCAACGACGCACGCAGCUGGCCGCCUCAGACAGAUCCAAGCCGGACAAGGCGCCGGACUCGUCGUGGCUGGCGCUUCUGUUCGCUAUGCUGGCCUGCGGGGUGCAGUUCGCCGACGACCCAAUUCAAGAACGGGAUCUGCGUUCUAGAGUUUUCUUGUGUUCAUCCUUCCAUUGCCUACGCCUGUCCAAUUUCUUCAGCCAGACCAACCUGGAGCAGAUCCAGGCGAUGGCGCUGAUCGGGCACUGUCUACGGAAUAAUCUCGACACCAACAGCGCCUGGAUCUUGAUGGCAGGCGCAACCAUGCGUCUCGCGCAAAGUAUCGGCCUCCACGACGUACCAGCAUCUGUUCCAGCUGCCGAAAAACCACGCUGGAGUAGACUAUGGUGGACCCUAAUCCAACAAGACUGUUUCCUCUCCUUCACCUACGACCGACCGCCCAGCGCCCUCCCACCCACUCCCGGCAGCACCACCGCACCCCCAUGCCUCUCCCGACAAGACCCCAAGGGCGGCCUAACCUUUCAAGCCAGCAGCCUGCGCAUCUGCCACCUUGUCCUAGCCCAACAACCCCUAACAACACCCGCGCAAGCCCUAACCGCCAAAGACCAAUUUCUCGCGCUCCAAACCUCCGCCGCCCGUUUCCUCACCGACAAACGACACUGUGCCACCCUCCAGCAACACCUCGAGCGCCUCGCCUUCCAAAUCCACCUCGGCUACGUCAUCUGCCGCAUGUACCGGCUGUAUCUGGAUCUGUCCGCAGCCCGUGAUCCAAAGAUUGUAGAAGAGUGUAUGGAGACGGCGGCGCGGGUCGUCACCGCGUUUCUGGAUUUGUACCGGCUGUCCAAGCCGGUUUGUCGGUCGUGGGCGUUUGUGCAUAAUGCGGUGAGUUGUGCGGUCACGCUACGGGGUUUGGGGGUGCAUCAUGGUCAAGCUGAUGGGGUUGGGGAAACGGGGGCAGCGGACGAGUUGGUGCAAAGGCUUGUGGGGAUGUUGCGGUUCGAGGCAACGGGGUCGGAGUGGUGCGAUGAGGAUACGAAU